GGACUUUUACAAAGUAUUUUCUUGGACGCCCUUUUUCACCACAUCAGCUUCCAUAUUGGCGGGGCCAAGAUGAUGACUUGGCAAUCUGCUUGUGUUUCAUUUCUAUCCUCUGAAUCUCUCUCUCCUUUCUUGAAAACAAGAUUGGUGGCCGUUAAUUUACUUCCAUCCAAACGCACCAUCUUGGCAGGAAACACAGAUAACGUUUUUGAUUUUUGAAAGGAGCAAUUAUGGGUUUGAGCUGGAAAAAAGAUUCAUAGAGAAAGGAGUAAAAGCAUUCAAUCUGGGCAACUAUUUCCAGUUUCACCCAAUUCGAGGUCCAGUUCCAUGGCCUCUCUGCCUUCAACCGUAGUUGGCAACACAUUCAGACUCGACCCUGAGUUGAAACGUCAAAACCCACCUUCAAUUUCAUUUGAUAAGAAAAAUUAUAGCAACAAUACCCAGUUGGAGAAAGGUUUGGAUCCCUUGAAUUUGGAAUUAAGUGAGGCGAUUGCCCUUGUGAAAGAAGGGAAUGUGAAAUUUGAUUCGGCUGCUUAUAUUUCAUUAUUGCAAGAAUGCAUUGAUAGGAAUUCUGUUUCUGAAGCAAAAAUGAUUCAUGCUCAUAUUCUUAAAACUGGCGGGCAAGAGGAUAAGUUCCUAAUGACAUCUCUUGUUAAUGUUUAUGGGAAAUGCGGGGACAUGGACGAUGCUAGGAAGGUUUUCGAUACAUUGCCUAGAAGAAACGUGGUUUCUUGGACGUCAUUGAUGUCGGGUUAUGUUCAGAAUUCGCAGCCGGAGCUUGCCAUUGAAGUUUUUCAGGAGAUGCUGGGGGUUGGGGGUUACCCUACGCAUUAUACGUUAGGGAUUGUGUUGAAUGCUUGUACUUCGUUGGCGGAUAUUGAGUUGGGGAAACAAGUUCAUGGGUUCAUUUUGAAGUAUCAUAUUGCUGAUAAUACGAGUAUUGGUAAUGCCCUUUGUUGUAUAUACUCUAAAUAUGGUACUUUGGAUUCUGUUAUGAGGGCGUUUGAAUGCAUUGAAGAAAAGAAUGUGAUUUCCUGGACAACUGUCAUAUCUGCUUGUGGCGAUCACGGGGACCCUGUGAAGGGGUUGAAUCUUUUCGUUGAGAUGCUUAAUGAGGGUGUGGAGCCAAAUGAGUUCACAUUAACUAGUGUGUUGAGUAUCUGCUGCAUGAUACAAGCUGUGGGAGUUGGAUCACAGAUUCACUCUUUUUGCCUUAAAUAUGGCUAUGGCUUCAAUUUACCUGUCAUGAAUGCAGUUAUGUAUCUAUACUUCAAAAGUGGAUCCAUAAGCAAGGCAAAGCUACUGUUUGAUGGAAUGGAAGACAUCAGCUUGGUUACUUGGAACGCUAUGAUUGCUGGUCAUGCGCAAUUGAUGGAUUAUGCAGAAGAUGGUCUUUCAGCACUACAAAAUGGAAUUCAGGCACUAGAUUUGUUCUCGAGAUUGCAGCGAUCUGGUACGAAACCUGAUUUUUAUACAUUUUCAAGUGUUCUAAGUGUCUGCAGCAAUUUGGCAGCUUUGGAACAAGGAGAGCAGUUUCAUGCUCAAACCAUUAAAACGGGGUUUUUGUCUGAUGUAGUUGUUGGAACUGCUUUAGUUGACAUGUACAGUAAAUGUGGGAGCAUAGAUAAAGCCAGCAAAGCUUUUAUUGAGAUGUCUACCAGGACUAUGAUAUCCUGGACAUCAAUGAUCACUGCUUUUGCACGUCACGGACAAUCACAACGUGCAUUACAGCUUUUUAAGGAUAUGAGGUUCGUUGGAGUUAGGCCAAACAAGAUUACUUUUGUAGGCGUUCUUGCUGCUUGCAGCCAUGCCGGAAUGGUUGAUGAAGCAUUGGCUUACUUCAACAUGAUGAGAAAUGAGUACAAUAUUAAGCCUGUGAUGGAUCACUACGCAUGCCUUAUUGACAUGUUUGUUAGAUUAGGUAGGCUUGAAGAGGCUUUUGAUUUCAUUAAAACAAUGGAGUUUGAGCCCACAGAAGUCAUAUGGUCGAUCCUGAUUGCAGGAUGUAGGAGUCAAGGAAAGUUAGAGUUAGCUUAUUACGCAGCUGAGCAACUGCUGAAGCUAAAUCCAACUGAUUCAGAGACGUGUUUCUUGUUGUUAAACAUGUACCUCUCAGCUGAGAGAUGGAAGGAUGUUUCUAGGGUGCGAAAAAUGAUGAAGGCCGGUAAAGUAGGAAAAGUAACGGACCUGAGUUGGAUAACCAUUAAGGACAAGGUAUAUUCAUUUAAGCCAGAUGAUCAGCACCAAUCGAUUAGCGAUAUUGAAGAGUUGAUGAGAGAUCUGCAGGAGAAAGUAAUUUCUGAAGGAUAUGAAAUGCAAGCCAGUUUGGAUGUGACAAAUUCGGAAGAUCAAGAAACAGCUCUCUCCACAGUUCAUCACAGCGAAAAAUUGGCACUUGCAUUUGGUCUGUUGAAUACGCCGAAUGCAACACCAAUGCGGAUUAACAAGAGCAUUAGCAUGUGUAAGGAUUGCCAUAAUUUUGUUAAAUUUGUGUCACUAUCAACCGGAAGGACGAUCAUAAUUAGAGAUAGUAAAAGGCUGCAUAAAUUUGUUGAUGGAAGGUGUUCUUGUGGGGACUUUAGCGACAGUCUCUUAUAAGUUUCUGUGAAUUAAAUACCAUGAGAUAGGAAAUACUAUCAAUGAAUAGAUUCUUGAUUGACUAUUUGACAUGAAAUAUAUACAUAGCUGACUUGACC